AUGGCCAGCUAUGCACCUUCCGGGAGCGAGCUCCACGCGCGUAGUCCACCUGGUGUGCCGAUGUCGAGCUCUAAUGUUGAAUUCUCUUCUUAUCCAUUCCUCGAGCUUCGCUCGUUGUCUUGUUUAGACAAAUGGGAUAUAUCAUACCUAGGCUCGAAAGGAUGUUUUACAAUACCCGUUCGACGGAUUCUGGAUGAAUUUGUGAAAAAGUACUUCUUGCAUAUCCACGUCGGCACCCCUAUACUAGAUGAGGCAGAGUUCUGGCAAUUGUACUGCCAGCAAGGGAAUCGCGCAUCAUCACACGGUCGCAAUCUCUCUGUCUUAGUGCUACAGGCCAUGUUGUUCAGAAGCUGUCCGGUACGCCGCUUCUGUUUGCUUUCAUCAAGAGGCAAGCUAACCCUUCUACUGCUACUAGAUCUGAAAGCCGAAGACCAACCAUUAGAACGGGCUCAGGGAGCAUUGUUGCUCUCCUACCAAGCCUCCCCUGAUGAUCCUCAAAUUGGUAGUUUACUUCUAGCCAAUGCUAUACAGAAUGCCAUCAUCCUAGGAAAGCCACCGAAGCCAUCGGACAGUGUUAAGAAAUCCACCAUUAAACGUCUAUGGUGGUCAAUUCUGCUGCGCGACCGAUGGAUUUCCCUCGCCCUCCGCCGACGCAGCCAGCUUACAACAAAGGAUUUCGAUGCUGAGAACAAUACCUUGGAGGAGGGAGACUUCACAGAGGAGAUCCAGGAAUCUAAGGUGUAUGACGUGCAAACCAAGCGCAUUCUUUUUAAGGUGCUACAGCAGCAGUGCCGUCUAGCGGUUGUCCUUACUGAUAUGAAUUCCUUCAUCUUUUCAUCUUGGGAAAGCUCUGGAAUGGGAUUACCCUCAAAGGAGUUCCCGACAUGCAUGGGUAAUGUUCUGAAGACAAGAAAUAGAUUACGUCAAUGGGACACGGAAUCGCGGUAUUCUCUGUCGUCGACUCUUUCUAAUGUCUUGCAUUCAGUGACGUCUUUUAUCAAGAUGACCUAUGUCUAUUACUACACAGCCCAUAUUCAUCUGGCCCAUUACGAAGCCCUUCUCCUCGAAGCCAACCUGAUGUUUGUCGGACACUCGUACACCAUGCAGCUCCAGCAGACUGGUGACUGCCUCCAAGAGGCUGUAAAUGAAUUGCAUGAUGUUCUGAAAUACUUCAGUAAUAUGAAGGAUAUUGAAGUUAUUCCGCUUUCUAUAUUGGCAUUCAUUGGAUGGCCGAUAGUGGUGGCGGCGAUUGAUGCUGGCCUCGCACGAAACAACAGCGAAGCCGUGCAACGGCAGCAACGACUAAACGUUCUAGGGACCAUUUAUCAUGCCCUUAUAGAACUUUAUGAUGUAACAAAGUUUGUUGUUGUGGGUACAAAGGAGAUCCUCCGCCUCGUAACGAAAAUGUCAGGAGAGCUGGGUAGUCAAGGACGUCGACCUGCGCGGGCAUCUGAGGCGUACCGACAAAGAGCGACAUAUCCGACUAGGACAUGGAAGGCCGUCGAGGCGAAGCAUGCCUCGGGUUGGUUUGAUUUGUUCAUCCGCUAUCCCCGUAUAUACCUUCUCAUCUCAACUUCUACAGACUACUCUCUUUCGUCGGGCCGACUACCACAUGAAAACGGUUUACCGGAGGUCCUACGGUCAGUGGCCUCCGGCUUCUUAGGGUUUCAGCUGCCAUGGGUGACUAAGGUGUCCUUGGAUGAAACUGAACGGAAGGCGCAAGAGUCGAGCGUGAGGCCGCGAGAUAUUACCGAAGUAGACUUUAUAGGUCCUAGUGCACAGCUGGGCCCGAGAACCACUUCCCAGACAGGGCCACAAAUGUACACCAGACAGCAGGCGCCUGAGUACUUGUUCUCGCCAUGUCAAGUGACUCAGAAUGGUCAAGGUCUCCCUGGUGACAGGGAUGAACCUGCAGUAGCAUUCGAAUUUCCCCAGUCAAUGCCACCUAUUGACGCAGCGUUUUGCCUUCCGCGAAUGGAUGAUAUGGUGUAUCCUGUACCUUGGAAAGGCCCUCUGAAUGCAUCAGGGAUGUCUUUUGCAGCAGGGACGGAGAGCAUGGACACGCAGGAGCAGGCUGGCUUUAGAGAUAGUCACGGUGUCCUAAGCGGGUGGAAAAUAUGA